AUGCGUCGUAGGAGUGAUCCCAGCGCGUCUCCCCGCGAGGACCGGCCGCCCCAGCAACCGGAGAGCGAUCUGGCGUUCACACAGCGGAAGCUGGAAGGGAACUAUAUCAGUCUGUACGAGCGACUGGACCAGUGGCGCUCCGCCAUCCAGGCGGGGCAGGAGGUACUUGUGUGGAGGAGACCUGUUCAUACCGCCGUCCUGUAUCUGGCCGUCCACACCAUCUUUUACCACUUUGCGACGGCCAAGGGGGGGUUCCUGACCCAGGUGAGUACACUGCUGUUCUGGGUCCUGAUCGGGGACGCCAUCUGGAGAGCAGCCACCAGAGACGGCCAGGGACCAGCUGGAAAUAACCCCCAACACAACAACUCCAGGUCAGUGGGCAGCAGGGGGAGAAGGGAAAGGAGGGAGGCAGGCAGGACUAGAGAGAUGGGUGGUGUGGUGGCCUUCGAAAGAGCUCUCCUCCUCUCCAAUGAAGAAAGAAGUUGCCAGCCGUUCGUACCGUUUGAGGUUGUAUGUCUAACUCUGGCUAAGCUGUGGAUGUGGAUUGACAACAUCUGGCUGGCUCUCAGACAUUGGAGCAUCAAUGACCCUCUUAUGUUCAGUGUGUCUCUGGCAGUUCCUGGUCUGACACUGGCAGUGGUUGGCAGAUAUAUCUCCACCAUAGUCCUACUCUAUGUAUUAGUGAUGGGUAUGAUAGUGUGGCCCUAUGUAAGCUACCAUGACCUCAUCCAAAAGACAUCCACUCUUAUCUCAACACAUUUCCCAAUCCUCGUUCAACGGGCCGUCGCCCUCUGGCAGUUUGUCAAGAAACUAUUGGUGUAA